AUGUACGAGGCUAUCCGCUACGCGGCCCUUGUCGUCGACGUGUUCCUCGUCUCGGAAGACGAGGCCAUUUUUCAAGACGGGGGCCGACCUCAAGUCCGAGUUCACCUCCGUGCGGUCCCGCUUGGUUGUGCCUAUGUUGCACGUGUGUACCUGCAGGCCCAAAUCCAUGGAGAAAUGCACGCUCUUGCUCCCCUUCUUCUUUUUCCUGGUGCUUUCCGCCCUGCUCCCGCCAGCGCGUGCCACGCCGUGCACCCGGACGACCUCCGCAAGCUGCGGCCCUUCGCUAGCAACCUCACCGGCGGCACCAUCCCCGUCGCAUGGGCUGACGGGGCGGUGCCGCGUGCUGAUGCCGACGGGGGCGUCGUGGCGUUGCGGCUCCCCGGGCGCGGCCUCGUGGGUCCCUCCCCGUGGGACCUCUCCCCGGUCGCCACCGUCGCCGGCCUCCGUGCUGCCAACCUCUCCUCCAACCUGCUCGAUGGCGAGCUGCCCGACCUCGUCGCCCUCCCAGGCCUCGCGGCAUUCGAUGCCAGCAACAGCUCGCUCUCCAGCGCGCUCACCCCCAACCUCUGCGCUGGUGCGCCAGCCCUGCGGGUGCUAGACCUCUCCGCCAACCGCCUUGGCGGCGCACUCCCAUCCUCCGUCAACUCCACGCCGCCGCUCUGUGCCGCCACGCUCCGGGUGCUCUUCUUGGGCUCUAACGCCUUCUCAGGCACCCUCCCCACCGCGCUCUUUGGCCUCACCGGGCUACAGAAGCUCUCCCUCGCGUCCAAUGAGGACAGAGGAAGCUUGAUGGGCUAUCAGCCUAUUUGGUCACCUAAGUUGCAACUUGAUGCAGACAACAGCAUGCAUGAUCAGAAUUCUGCAUUAUGGGCUUCAAACUUGCACUUCCAGGGCUGCUGGGCAGAUGAACAUGCUUGA